UUGUGUAGCGUUGCGCGGCGAUACACUCCCGCACAGAUAAGCUAGAUGUCCUGCAAUGUCCGCCUGCACGCUGUACCGUGUACACAGCGGCCGCUAGGACUGCUGCAAACACAGGCUACACGGAAGUGUGGUCAUGGGGCUGUCAGGGCAUGUCUGUCUCCCCGUCGCCCGGUGCAUGGGACUGGUGGUAUUAUUAACAGGAACACAACACUGCUUUUUUGCGGCCACAACUGUCACCGGCAUUACCCGCACCACAGACACCACCCGCACCAUUGACACCACCGACGUCACCCACAUCAUCGCCACCACGAGCACCACAAGCACCACAAGCACAGCGCCCUCUACCGCUGCGACGUCAACAGCAGCAGCAACAACAGCAGCAACAACAGCAGCAACAACAGCAGCAACAACGACAGCAACAACGACAGCACCAACGACAGCAACAACGACAGCAACAACGACAGCAACAACACCGGAGACGACCUCAAAACCAAAUCAUUUGUUUAUAAACCUGAACACCUCAUGUGUGACCGGUCAACUGAAAGUGAACCUGUCAUUCUUUAAUGACACGCGAACUAUAGACAUCAAUGGAACUUGUGACGGAGACAGGCAAUAUGUCCAGGAUUUUAUAAAUCAACUGACAAAGGACCAGACAAUUACCACAACUACAACUACAACGACUGCACCUUCUACGACCACCACAUCCACUGAAGGUCAGUGGUCUGGCAUCGGGAUCGGUAUCGGGGCAGGGGCGGUGGGUCUUCCAUGCCUAGUCUCACUGCUGCUCUACGUGUUCCGACGUCGUAUCUGUUCGUCAUGUCGACGACGCAAGGAAUCGGAUGACGCAGCCGGCACAGGAAGAACCCAAUCUGAUACUACCGGGCAACGUCCCCGCGCCGGCAUGAACCCCUACACAUCUACAUGCUUCGACAGCCUCGAAGCAGAGACUGAUGUCUCCGGGUCGGGCUACGGGAACACCGGGUUCGAAGCUUCAACCCUCGAAGGUAUACCCGCUUUGCCAAGGAAAACAAGUGUCUUCUCAAUACACGAAGAUGAUGAGGACAACCGUGGCAAUUCAUUCACCGGUUUCUUUGUGCCAGAACCGAACCAGGCCCCGGAGUCAGACUACGACCAGUUGCCCAUUGGGCGAAAACCCUUGGAGACCACAGCUACUGAUGCUGGUGAGGAUGACGAGGAAGGGAUGAAGGCUGACUACAUGAAUGUUUUGGAGGCUAGGGGCGCGCAUCACCAGGCGGAAAAGGAAGAAUAUAUUAACUACCCUGCCAUUUCCUGCUAGAGUGAGUGAGUGAGUGAAUUUGGGUUUACGCUGCUUUAAGCAAUUUUCCAGCGAUAUCACGGCGGGGAGCACCAGAAAAAGGCUUCACACAUUGAACCUAUGUGGGGAAUAGAACUCGGGGGUUCGGCGUGACGAGCGAACGCUUUCACCACAAGGCUACUCCACCGCCCCGUCCUGCUGGAGAUUAAGUGGAGAUUAACGCGGCUUGAAACGGUAUUUUAGUUACAACACGACUUGUCAACUUGAUGUGGAAGAUAUUAGUGAGUGAGUGAGUGAGUAUGUGUUAACGCUGCUUUUAGCAAUAUUCCAGCAAUAUCAAGGCGGGGGACACCAGAAAUGGGCUUCACACAUUGUACCCAUGUUGGGAAUCGAACCCGGGACUUCGGCGUAACGAGCGAAGGUUCUAAUCACUAGGCUACCCGACCGCCCCUGGACGAUAUGAGCAAACACCGUAAACUGCAGUAGUAGUAAUAGUAGUAGUAGUAGUAGUAGUAGUAGUAGUAGUAGUAGUAGUACUAGUAAUCAUACUUCGAUUCCAGUUGAAUUGUAAUUUUGUACUAUAUAUUUAUGCACUGUCCAUUAAUAUACAUGUGUACGGAUGACUGAUGGCGUGCGUUAACGGGAUUUCACUGUAACAAUGACGAAUUUAACUGUUACUGGUUAAAACUGUUUGUAAGUAUUCCUAUUUUACUUGAUGUUAGAGUUUUAUAAAUGAAAGUGUUAGUAUACACUAUAUCACCAGGAAUGCACAUCAAAAGCAUGGGUUGCUGAAGACCUAUUUUAUAACCCGGAUGUUCACGGGGCCACGCAAUUGUCACAGUUUGUUUGUUUGUUUGUUUUUGGUUGGUUGGGGUAGAAUAGGUCUUCAGCAACCCAUGCU